AUGCUCCCCGUGGACGGAGCACAGAUUUCACUAUGGGGACUAAGAAGAGCAGACAGAUCGUUCAGCACGACGAUGGCGGUGUUCCUGUUGGCCAAUCAUACGGCGUACUAUCCGACAUCGGCCGGGGAGCUCAACACCAACUCCGGUCACGUGCCUCACACAGCUGGUGCAGUCGUCCUCGACGACGAGCUUAUAAGCUCUCAGCGUCCGUCCCCAGGAAACUUUCCUUUUUCACUUCAUUAUUUUCCUGCAAGCAUCAAAUCCUUGACCAAUCUCCCCUCCUCUUGCUUCCUCUACACUCUUUUCCUCUAUCUUCACAUCCUACGCAUCACAAUGGCUUCCCGUGGACUCCCCCGUGCCCUCCGUCUGGCCCGUGUUGCCGCCCCUCGCACAGUCAUCUCGGCCGCCCUCCCCCGGCCUGCUCUCGCUAAGGCUGCUACCCGUGUGGCUGCCUCGACCGCCCCCGUCCGUGGUGUCAAGACCAUGACCUUCGCUGAUUCCAAGGAGACCGUCUACGAGCGUGCGGAUUGGCCCCGUGAGAAGCUCCAGGAGUACUUCAAGAAUGACACUCUCGCUCUGAUCGGUUACGGUUCCCAGGGUCACGGCCAGGGUCUCAACCUCCGUGACCAGGGCCUCAAUGUUAUUGUUGGUGUCCGUAAGGAUGGUGCCUCGUGGAAGGAGGCCGUUCAGGAUGGCUGGGUUCCCGGCAAGAACCUGUUCGACGUCACCGAGGCCGUCCAGAAGGGUACCAUUGUCAUGAACCUGCUUUCCGACGCGGCCCAGAGCGAGACCUGGCCCACUCUCAAGCCCCUGAUCACCAAGGGCAAGACCCUCUACUUCUCCCACGGUUUCUCUCCCGUCUUCAAGGAGCUCACCAAGGUCGACGUCCCCAAGGACGUUGAUGUCAUCCUUGUCGCUCCCAAGGGUUCCGGUCGUACCGUCCGCACCCUCUUCCGUGAGGGCCGUGGUAUCAACUCCUCCAUUGCCGUCUACCAGGACGUCACCGGCAAGGCCAAGGAGAAGGCCAUUGCCCUGGGUGUUGCCGUCGGUUCCGGUUACCUCUACGAGACCACCUUCGAGAAGGAGGUCUACUCCGAUCUGUACGGUGAGCGUGGUUGCCUGAUGGGUGGUAUCCACGGUAUGUUCCUCGCUCAGUACGAGGUCCUGCGUGAGCGCGGCCACAGCCCCUCUGAGGCCUUCAACGAGACCGUUGAGGAGGCCACUCAGUCUCUCUACCCUUUGAUCGGUGCCAACGGCAUGGACUGGAUGUACGCCGCUUGCUCCACCACUGCCCGUCGUGGUGCCAUCGACUGGUCCAGCCGCUUCAAGGACACCCUGAAGCCUCUUUUCAAUGACCUCUACGACAGUGUGCGUGACGGCACUGAGACCAAGCGCUCGCUCGAAUACAACUCUCAGAAGGACUACCGCGAGAAGUACGAGAAGGAGAUGCAGGACAUCCGUGAUCUCGAGAUCUGGCGCGCUGGAAAGGCCGUUCGUUCCCUCCGCCCUGAGAACCAGAAGUAA